AUGGGGCUGGGGGAGCCGAUGGUGCUGGAACAUCUGGGUGGGGAUCAUGCGGAGACCAAGACCACGCUGGCUCUGCUGCACGACCUGGACUCUGCCAACACCUAUGAGGUGCGCCUCAAGCUGACAAGGGAGGCUCUGAUAGUUCAGAAACAGGACGUCAUCUGCGUGGGUGGAGGCCACCACUGCGGGAAUCACAGAACUGUUACACUUCGCAGACAGCCGGUCGGCGGCUUGGGCCUGAGUAUAAAGGGGGGUGCUGAGCACAGCGUGCCCGUCGUCAUAUCCAGGAUAUUCAAACACCAAGCAGCUGACCAGACAGGGAUGCUGUUCGUAGGAGAUGCUGUUCUACAGGUUAAUGGCAUUAAUGUAGAACAUGCAACCCAUGAAGAAGUGGUGCAUCUUUUGAGGAACGCUGGCGAUGAGGUCACCAUCACCGUGCAGUAUCUCAGCCAGGCACCCUCAUUUCUGAAGCUCCCGUUAGGGUCCCCUGGGUCACCCAGCAACCACAGCAGCGAGGCCUCCUCUCCGCUCUUCGACAGUGGUUUGCAUCUGAACGGACACUCCAGCCACUUGGCCCUGUCACCGCCUUCCUCACCCAUCGCUAAGGAACCAAAGUAUGAGAAGCGCUGGCUGGACGCCCUGUCAGUGCCCCUGUCCAUGGCACGGAUCUCCAGGCACAAAGCUGGAGCAGAAAAAUUAAGGUUGGACGCCUUCGAGGUGCUGGCCCUGGACGGGGCCCGCACAGGAACCCUGCAGUUUUGCACAGCCCAGGACGGCGCCGACUGGCUUCAAAUGGUCUCUGGCAACAUCAGCCACCUGAUGCUUCAGAACAUGAAAAUGGCAAAUAAGUGCUGCUCUCCUUGCGACCAGGUUGUGCAUAUGGGGUGGGUAAACGAGAGACUCCAGGGAGCCGACUCCUCCCAAACCUUCAGAUCCAAGUUCCUGGCCCUGAAGGGCUCGUCGGCCUACGUUUUCGGCACUCCUCCGGUGAGCACGUCAGACUGGGUCCGAGCAGAGAGAAUCUAUAACCUCUGUGAGGUGUUAUUUCAAGUUCACAAGUUCUGGCUUACAGAUGACUGCUGGUUACAAGCAAACUUGUAUCUGGGGCUUCACAACCUUGACUUUGAGGACCAGAGGCCGUAUUGCUUCAGCAUCACAGCAGGCCACGGGAAGAGUCACUUUUUCAACGUGGAUCUCGGCAGUGAGCUGGUGAUGUGGGAGAAGUCAUUCCAAAAAGCAACCUUCAUGGAAGUUCAAAGAACUGGGUCCAAAACAUAUACGUGCAGCUGGCAAGGAGAAGCUCUGUGCUUCACAGUGGAUUUCACGCUGGGAUUCACCUGUUUUGACAGUAAGACGAAGAAUGUUCUCUGGAGAUUUAAGUUCUCUCAACUUAAGGGAUCCUCAGAUGAUGGAAAAAAUCGAAUAAAGCUGCUGUUUCAGAACCUAGACUCCAAACAAAUUGAAAUGAAGGAACUGGAGUUUCAGGACCUGACAGCCGUGCUCCAUUGCAUCCACUCCUUCAUAGCGGCCAAAGUGGCCUCGGUGGAUCCCAAGUUUAUGGACAGUCAGAGCAUCGCGAGGAAAUACACGUGUUGCAGCUAA